AUGGAAAGCGUGUUCGGGUUGGUGGGGGAUGGCUUCGCGGUGGUGGCGGCGGACACAUCGGCCACGAGCAGUAUCCUCGUCCACAAGACCAACGAGGACAAGAUCAUGAAGCUCGACUCCCACAAACUCCUCGGCGCCUCCGGCGAGCCCGGCGACAGGUCGUUCCUGAAACCCUAGCACACUCUGGCCCUCUUUCCGAAUCGCCCUUCGAUCACGGCCUCGGUGGGUUAUGGUCUAUGACCGUAGGUUGUGGUUUCUUCUGUUUCCAGAGUCCAGUUCACGGAGUACAUUCAAAAGAACGUUCAUCUGUACCAGUUCCGCAAUGGCAUUCCCCUCACCACCGCCGCUGCCGCCAACUUUACCCGCGGCGAGCUCGCCACUGCGCUCCGCAAGGUGCCCGGAUUUUCAGCUUUUCAUUCUUUCUUUUUUCUAAUUGAUAUUAUCUUGUCCUUCGUUUUCUUUUAUAGAUGCCGCAUGUGUUAAUUGUAUCUGUGUUUUUUCCACCUAUUUAUGCAACCGUAUGUGCAUUUGGAUACUGGGUUUUCAUAUUCGCUGUUCUUUCGCUUGUGGCCUUUUUGAAAAAAGGGAGAAAAAAGCGCGACUUGUGGCGCUUUUCUUUGAGUUUCGCUUGCGGGUUUUUAGGGCAAGUGAUGGUAAUUUCAUGGAAAGGAGAGGGUCACGUUCCAUCUCUCGCCAUUCAGAAGUGUUUAAUUUCAUCUCAUCUGGAUUACUUUUGUAAAAGCCCCCAAACAGACGCUCACUUGUCUGGCUAACUUUGGUUUGAUGAUCUUUUUGUCCCAUGUUCAGUUAGUGAUUUAAGGUGUCACUCCUAGCUCACAUUAGUGAUCAUGGACUUGGGAACCUUGUAGUCUUUGUUAUCCACUUCUUUUUACCUGCGGGAAAUUAGUCCUCACAUCAUGUAUUUUCCUUCAUAGAACAUAACCACUGAUAAAUGACUUGAUUCUUUUGAUCUUAUUAAGCUAUAUACGCUAAAAUCCGCACUUAUGCUCGUGGCUGUUGUUUUAUAUCAAGCGAAGGAACUUUUAUAACUGAAGCAUGGCUGCUUGACAUUAAUAUCUUGCACUAAUGACUUUUAUCCUUCGUGGAAAAGAGCAUCUUGUAAAAGAAUUCUCCAAUCGAGAUAAAAGAGGUCUAAUUCAUGCAUCCCUUGACUGACACUAAGAGCACUUCAAUGACCAUUUUUAUAGCGAAAAAAUGGACUUCCCAUCAUGCCGGGUUAAAGUCAUGAUGACUGUUCCCGAUCAUGCCGGAUACUUAUUUGGAUUCAGCAAAAAGAUCCCAAGUCGAUGGUAAUAAGCUUACAUUUGUGGAUUUUACAGUGUGAGGAACUGCCAUCUAGGGUCUGGCAGGGGGGAAACUGAAGAGCCCUUUGUCAGAAUGUAAUGUUGGAAAUGGAGAAGGGAACCUUUUUUGCUAUUGUAGGACCAGUAAUUGUGGUUUUCCUCGAUUUAGUUUUGUUUUGUGUGGAAGAUGCUGAAAAUUUAAACUACCUAUGUAAUCCUGUCUCUCGUUCAGCAUGUGCCAAAUUACUUAGACACAAUUUUAGGGUUUUGAAGUCCACGUACGUGUCAACAGAAAUCUAAUGCCAGGCUUGAUAUCAUGUUGGAGACUUGCGAAGGCAAAAUCUAACUAUUUUGGAAAAUCAACGAUCACCUUAUUCAUCUGUCAUGUACAUUAUUUAGUUGACUUAUCCUGAUCCAUAUGUAAAUGGAUGCAUGUGCGUGCACAAAUAGGCGUUCGUAUAAGUAAAAUAUGUCUUAUUUUAAUGUUUUUCUCAUAAGCAAGCAUGUGUUUAAGCACAUUUGGCUGGCAUAUCGAUUUUCAAAAUAUUGGUGGUGGUGUUAAUCUCAUAAAUGUAUGUAGGCUUACUGAAUUCUAAAUUUAUGUGCACAUUAAAUUAUCCCACACACAACAUUCAAAAAUUUUCUGCUACACCUGUUGCCUUCAAAUGCUAAUCGUUAUUAAGUCCUCCUUCUGUGAGUACUUUACAUUUAAGUUCUAGUUAUCAGGAACGAGAGAAAAAAAUUCUCAUGGGUUCUGACUGACGGUUCAACAUAUUUUCUACGAUUUGGUCAUAUGUGACAUAAGUAUUGUUACCUCACCAUAUCCGAUUGCUAGGUGGCUACUUUGGGUCACAAGGUGGUGAUUACAAAGAUGAAUUUUAAAGCCAUUGGGGCUGUACAAUCUCCGUUGAUGUGCAGAUCUGAAAAUAUGGUUGACUUUUCGGACUGUUGCUAAUAUAUGCCAUCAAUUUGUGAAGUCAAUUAACAAGAUUUCGACAAUAUAUGAAAAAAUAAUGUGCUCUUUGUUAAGGCUUUUUACCUUAAUUUAAGAGGCUUGCAAAGUGAAGCUGCCUAGUUCUCAAUUGCCUUUUGUGAUCUAGAUAGCGAAACUGAGGUACCCAACUUCUCUGUUAGGAAAUGUGGUUGCGUUGGAUACCAGGUAGCCCAGAAAUUUAUUUUUCUUGAGGGCUGAUGUUGAAAACCUUGAAGCAUUGAAAUGAUCCACAUAUAUUGUACAUUUCUUACCCUCUGACUCUACAAAAUAAGAGAAAGAUAGACAAGUCACCCUCCUUUUCUCAUUGGCUUUAAGCCAUUUUUGGUGAAAUUCGACAUUGCAAUCAACUUUUGCUUCGAGAAUGCUGGCAACCCUGAAGCAUCUUCGAAUGAUUGACAUAUGUCGUAGAUUUCUCACCAUCUGAUUAAACAAAAGAAGAGAGUGAUGAACUAGUCACUCUCCUUUUGGGGAAAUUCCAAAUUGUAGUCAACUUUUGCUAGUGUGUAAUUGAUAAAUUGUCCUCUCUCUCUCUCUCUCUCGCUUUCCCUCUCUCUUCUUUCCCCAUUUAGAUACUGCUUGUCUUCCUCCGAUCUCUAUACCAACAGCGAGAAUUUGAGCCCAGCGGUUGCUCCUUUCUCUUCCAUGGCUUUCUUCUUUACCAUACUCUUGUCAGCUUAUUGGGGGUGGGUUAUCAUUAGUGUUCCGAAGAUCCACAUUGGACGAAGCCAUUGUAAUCAAUCUGUUAUCAUUCAACUGUAAGAAACAUUAUAUUUCAUUCGAACUCUAAAGGUUUUAACCAAGAAUUGUGCGAUUCUCCUAACCAAAUGAUAAAAAGUAGCACAUCAAAGGAGUGGAAAAAAAAGGAAAUAAUUACGAAGGAAAAAUAACCCAAAAAGUUGAAAAAAAAUGAAUAAAUCAUUGACAUAGAUAGGCUGGAAGAAUUUGAAUCAUCUAAACAAAUAACUUUAGGCUUGCCUCAAGCAAUGAAAUCCUGGUUCGUCAGCAUAGAGGAGCUUGGACGUAGAGAUAUUCCACGUGAAGGUGCUCUUUAUAAUUAGAUAAAUGACUUUGGAAUGUUUCAGGUUUAACCAUUGGAUCUAUUCUCAACAUCCCGGAAAGGGCCACUUUUUUGUGGAUACUAGUACCUCCAUUGUGCUUCUUAGUUUGGAUGCAAGGAGAAGUUAUGGAGUGAUUCUCAUCUCCCUCUCCACAAUGGACAUUGCAUUGUAGUAAGUGGGGAGUGGGCAUAUGCUGAUACAUUGAGAGUUGAUUGUCUUGAUAAAGAAAAGUCUUAUAGUUUAUGUCAGCAAAGUAGUCAAGGAGGGAAAUGGGAACAGGUAUCUGAGCAAUCCAUUCUGAUCUUAAUUUGGACUGCAGCAAGCAUGGCAUGUUCGAUGAUGAAUAGUGACUAAUUUUUUUUCUUAAAGAUUGAAAAAAUGAAAAAACUUACUGUUUGUUGAAUUUUAAAACUAUAUAAAAAUUGUAAUGUACAUUGGCUAUUUACAUUGGAGAGUGGUUGGAUGGUAUUGUUGUUGUUGGUUCCGGGCUCUGCUUUUUUACCUUGAAUUUUGUUGAAAAGCAUGAGUAAAUCAUCCCUGCCCUGCUUUGAUGAAGAAAAGGAUAAAGCAAGAAAGGGGUUCUUCCCAAUCGUGGGAUUGAUCUUGACAGACUUUCUGGCUUUAAGUGAUUGACCCAUUUCUCCGGUUUUUUUGUCAUCUACCCUUGUGUAUGUCUACUUCCUCAAUACGUUUCAUGACAUUUAAUGUUUAAAAGAAGAAAUAAUCAUUUUAUUUUAUCUUUGACUCAAAAGCGAAGUUUGUAGUGUUGGGAAAAUGUCAAAUCCUACUAGACGUGGAUUCGUUUUCUCUGGCACAUGCAAUAGAGAUAUGUCUUGACAUCAGACCGUCAAGAGUGCAUGCUUUUUUCUAUUUCGUUGGAAUAUUCCUCUCUGCGGAGCGUUCUCUACAAACUGCAUUUUCAGAUAGUGAUUUCCCUCCCCCUGCUCGGGGAACCAUGGUCAAGUUAGAUUCUAUUACAGUAAUUUCCAUUGAACUCAUUUCCUGCCUUUUGGCCAACACAGUAAAUGGUUUUUAGACCUUCCUUGCAGAUUUUUCCAUAACUUUAUUUUUUGUUUUUGCCUUCACGUACGGGAACAUGUACAUAUGUACACUAAUUUAUCAUUUUUUCUGCUUUAUCUGAAUAAGAUCAUAUUCUGCAACUCGUAGAUAUCCUCUGCAGAUUCAAAGAAAACGAAGGCGUAAAGAAGGUUUUUCCAAAUGUAGUUGUUGUGCCAUUAUUUCAAGGGGUUAUAUAUAGAGUCAGCAUUACCUGAGCAAUCCUCCUUUUCAUCAUCCUCAUCAUUGCUAAUACUGAACAUCCUCAGGCCAUUUCUUUGAGACCACUGUAGUUCCACAAUUAUUGUGGAACUAUCCAAUAAUUGUGUUCCACUAUUACGGACUAAUAGCAAGAGCAAUAAUCAAAUCCUUUUAAGCUUUUUUAGAUUAUCAUUUUUCUCAUGAACGUAUAAUGUCUUCAAGAUCGUUCUCUACCAAGACAAGUCUGGUUAAUAAGUUAAUAUCGCUUGUUUCCAUCUUUAUUUCAUUAUAGUGAUAUUCGACGGUGAUAAUAUAUCUAUACUUGGUGCUUGGGAGGAUGUAGGUGUUCAAAUAGGCGUUUUCAGUCUCUGAAGACGCUGCUAUUUCUCUAAUUUGUGUAGCAUGUUAAAAGCUAUUGCGUUGAAUCAAAAUAUUUUUGACAGAUAAUUAUCCGACCUGUUUUAGUUAUUUGGCUGUGGCUUAACCACUUCAUUUCAGCUCUGUUAUUCGUUGACUUUGCCAAUCAUUUAUUAACCAGUGAGAAACUACUUAACUCUGGCUUCAUGGUCUCCAGAACCCGUACAAUGUGAACCUUCUAAUGGCUGGUUACGACAAGGGCAUUGGGCCGUCCCUGUAUUUCAUCGACUACCUGGCUACUCUGCACAAGGUGGAGAAGGGCGCCUUCGGGUACGGAUCUUUCUUCUGCCUCUCUCUCAUGGACAGGUACUACCACAGCGGCAUGUCCCUGCCAGAGGCCAUCAAACUGGUGGACGAGUGCAUAAUGGAAAUCCGGUCGAGGCUGAUCGUUGCGCCGCCCAAUUUCCUGAUUAAGAUCGUCGACAAGGACGGCGCCAGAGAGUAUGCAUGGAGGGAGUCCAUCAAAGAGGCCUAG